UUUUAGUUGAGUGAAUAAUCUUCAACGUUGAAGACAGACGUUUUAAACAUGUGGAAAAAAAAUUACUUAAGUGAAGAUGAGUUGCAAGGAUUUGAUCGAUAUAAGUACAACAGCAUUGAUACAAGCUGGUUGAGUAAAUAUGUGAUGCAUCCGUUUUGGAAUUGGUGCGUUGAGUUUGUGCCAAUUUGGGUCGCACCCAACCUUUUAACGUUCUCAGGUUUUAUGCUGACUGUCGUUAACUUUCUACUGAUAGCGUAUUACGAUUAUGACUUCAAAGCAGCCAUGCAACUUGACAACUAUCCAAUUCCUAAAUGGGUUUUCCUUGUCGUCAGUAUCAACAUUUUCGUAGCUUAUACAUUGGAUGGUAUUGAUGGUAAGCAGGCGAGAAGAACAGGAACUUCAACACCUCUUGGUGAAUUGUUUGACCAUGGUUUAGACAGUUAUAGCAGUCUCUUCAUCAUGAUUUAUAUCUUCAGUCUUUUUGGCACGCAUGAUUUUCCUGUAAUACGAAUGCAGUUUAUGACAUUUUGUGUUUACCUCAACUUUUAUCUUUCACACUUUGAGAAAUAUAACACUGGUGUCAUGUUUCUGCCUUAUGCAUAUGAUUUCGUUAUGUGGGGUUGUGCGAUAACAUUUCUUGUUGCUUUCUUCUUUGGACCGAGCAUUUUUGUGACGCCUAUUUUUGGAUUUACGCCAACAUUUUUAACCGAAAUUCUUUGCUAUACAUCUGGUGUUAUUUCAAGUCAUCCAAUUAUUGCUUGGAAUAUUUACAAAUCAUACAGAGACAAGACGGGCAAGAUGAGAUCUUGUUAUGAAGCCGCAAAACCACUUUAUCCAGUUGCAGGACUUUUUAUUGUCUCAACAAGUUGGGCUUUGUUUUCACCAAAUCGCAUUCUUUCUCAUGAUCCAAGAGUUUUCUUCAUGAUUACUGGAACAAUCUUUUCCAAUGUCAGCUGUCGCUUGAUUGUAGCUCAGAUGAGUGAUACAAAGUGCGAUGGAUGGAAUUUUCAACUGACGCUUUACUCCAUUGCCACUGCUUUUUGUAUCUUUCCAUAUGAAAAACUUGGUCUCCCUCCACUUUCAUUCAUCAUUGAGAAAUGGAUUCUGAUACUCCUUUUAGCUCUUUUCAGUUGUUUUCAUUUUCAUUAUGGAUAUGGAAUUGUCACUGAAAUGUGCAAGCACUUUGGCAUUAAAUGUUUUACUAUUAAACCCAAGCAAAAUAUUAAAACCGCUAAUGAAGCUUUGAGCAUACAAGUCGAGUCAUAAGCGCAUAGUUUUUAAUUAGACACAUAAUUUAAAUUUGUUAUAUUUUUUCACAUAAAAUAAAUCUCUUGACUUUUUAAAGUAUGAAAAAUGUGAAAAUUUUU